AUAGUACAGCAAGCAGUUGCAAGUUCUGCUGCACACACGCGGACACGCCUAGGGGAGACUGUCUGCACACGCCUAGCCAGACAUUUGUUACCCCCUAGUUACCCCUAAGCACGUAAAACCGCGAGUCACUGAGUGCUUGGAGGGUUUGACUCACAGAAUGCCGCACUCCGCAAUGUAUACGGGGGGCCCAACGGGGGGAUUCCGUCCGCACUAGCUCGGCCUGCAGCCCUGCACGCCCAACGCGAGGGAUUGGUGUGGGCCGUUGGUCAAUUGUGGACCGUUGCAAGCACUUCAUACGUGCUGUGCAUAAUGACAUCUGUGCCGAUGAGUGGCGCCUUACUGCACAUUUGGGAUUAGCGGCAGGUGGUAGCCUGGUAGGCGUGCCAAGUGUGCCAAGUGAGGGAACGCUGCGCCACGAGUGCCUGGCAUCGACUUGAGCCAUUGAUUAUGGCACAGGAGCGAGGUUAUACUUGAUACAGCCUGAUGCAAUCAUGAAUGUAUUUUGCUUCUGCAAACGCGAAGAACAGUUGUCGAGAAGCAGAACUUUCGGGCGCGUCUCCGGGUUAAGCUAGGGUCCGUUAGUCAAGCUACGUUUCCAGUAAACUCCACAAAUUACAUGGAAUAGAGAGCAACCGUGUGAGCGUUGACCUGACGGCGAUGUCAGCAUGCAGCUUGCAUAACCAGGGUCGCCCGGGUCAGUUCAGCGGCAGCCCGUUCCGGCCACCCCCGGUGGCUGCCAGUAGCGGCCCCGCCCCUGGCACGCUGCCCUCCCAAACCCCAUUACUCAGUAGCCAGAGUGGCCGACUGCUGUGGCCGCUUGACAAAAGUCUUGCUGGCCUGGCUGUACGGGCUGCAGCAGGAUAUAGCGCUGCGCCUACUCAGCACCAACAGGGUGAAGCGCGCCACACGCACACCGCGGAUCCCGCCAGCCCGGCGUUCGCUCCGCUCUGGCCAUGCCCAGCAGUCAGAAACGGCCGCCGCUCGCGGGCGCUCGUGGCUGCAGCUGGUCUUGGCCGGUCCAGCAAGCAGACGGCAGGGGCCGGGGCUUCCACGUCGCAGCCAAGGAGUCCUGGCAACCAGGCGCCGCUGAGCACGGACCUGCUUAUCCAGCGCCUCGAGGCCGCGGCCGAUGCGCAAAGCGUGCUGCAGCUUCUUAAGCAGCCCAGGAAUGCCUCUGCGGAGCAGGCAUUUUUGUGCACCGCUGCCCUCAAGGCCCUGGCACGAUUGCUGGGUGGCACAGCGGCAGCUCCGCUGGCGGUGGUGGGAGCACCGGCAGUGGCGUUGCUGGGCCGUGGUGGGAAGCCCUUGUCGCGAGACGAGCUGCAGGAGCUGCAGGAAGCCGUGCGCGGCAUGAUAAACGAGGUGCACUCGCGCCGUGGAGUGUUAUCCUUGCCGCUGCUGUCGGACACCCUGAAUUCCCUGGAGGUGCUGCUGCCCGCACUGGGCGGCUGGCGGGUGGCUGGGCUCCGGGCGGACGACGCGGCGUUGCGCUUGCUGGCAAUGGCGACAGACGUCCCUCAAGCUGCCGCGGAUGCAGACGCAUUGCGGCCAGUGCCGCUACCGGCGUUGCGUAAUGCAGCCCGGGUUGCGUUGCGCCUGACCCAGAUGGCCCAGCAGGUGCGGCAGGCACCAUCUCCACAAGUCGAAUCUACCACAAGGCGCGUACGGGAAGCCGUGCAAACCUACUUGCGCCGCGCCGUCUUCCCCGCGGCAGAGGAGGGCGGCCAGGCGGCGGCGGCGGCUCGGCUGCAUGGUGCGGAUCUGGCGGCAAUGGCGGCAGCUGCGGAGCUGGCGGUGAUGUGGGACGUGGAGGUGCCGCCCGAGGUGAUGCAGCUGCAUGUGCGGCACGUGGACCGCCUGCUGUCGGCCGCCGCCGGGCCGGCGUACAUCGUUAGCGCCGACGUGCAUGCGGAGCAGCACAGCGUUGCCGGCCAGGGCACCAGCAGGAGUGGUGAUGACAAUACCAGCACAAGUCACCAUGCUCAAGGGCGCGGCAACGGAAGGGCGGAGCCUAGGGGCCGUGGCGGACGGGGUGGUGGCGGCCGCGUUGGGCGCGGAAGCAGUGCGUCACAGCAGGAGCGCGGGGCUGCUGGUGUCAGCGGCACGGCCUCUGACCGCACGGAGCCCCCGCUGCCUGACGGGCUGGUGGCGGCUGGCCAGCUGGACGUGACCUCCCUGGCGCAGCUGCUGAUUGCAUGGGCGUCUGUGCCGGCCGGGCGACCCGCGCCGAGCGUGGAGUGGCUGGACCGCGCGUCAGCACUGGCGCUGCGGACGCAGGACCCGACGACCAUGGCGAAGCGGGGCCAGCUGAUGCGGAAGCUGAGGCGCUUGAGGAGCGAAAGGCAGCAAGCCGCAGAGGAGCUGCGAAGGCUCCUCGCAGCCGCAACCGCAGCCGGGCCAGAGGGCCAGGGUGGCGAGGGCGGGCGAGCAGGACCCUCAGGGCCGGCGGCCUCGGACGCCAAAGGGAUACAGCCGGACGUGCAGCAAGACCGCAAUGCGGGUGCUGCGCGCGGCGGAGGGCGCGGCCAAGGGCGCGGUGGGCGACUUGCUAGGGGCGGCCGCGGCCGUGGUGCUGCGGCCGCCAACACAGCUCACGCUGCGCCUCUUGAGUCCGGGGCCCGCGCCCCAGGAGGUCAGCCGCCGCAGCCGCAGCAGCCGCAGCUGGACGACACCGGCAGCUUGAAGGCCAGGCUGAAGGACAUCGGCCGUGAUGUGGAGGCGCUGCAACAGGAGCUCGCGGCUUUGGGGCCAGUGGCCAGUGCUCCGCCCGGAGCAGCUGUCGACGCCAGGGCCGGGUCCGUGGGCGGCCCAGCAGCGGCUGGCCCUGCGCCAACGCCGGCGUCGGGCUGGAAGCGGCGGCAAGAGGAGCCGGAGGCGAGCGCGGGAGCCAGCACUGCCGCACCUGCGGCCAAGCGCCCCCACCUGGAUCAGAAGGGUCCACAGUAUCCCGGGGCGGCUCUCGAGCUGCCCUCAACCGCUGGGGCACAGCUGAGUUACGCGUUGGCGUCUGGCGUCCUUACGGGCCUGCUGUGGGCAGUCAGCGGGCGGCUCGGCAGCAUGCUCACGACGGAAACGCGGGCGCUGGCGCGUGCUGUGGCGGUGGCGCGCAUGUCGGACUUCACGUCACCGCAGCAGAUUGUGGCGGUGCUGUACUCUCUGGGGCGCAUGAAGAGCGUGCCGGCGCGCGAGGAGGUGGGCGAGUUCACCAAGCGCCUGCGCCCCCACCUGGAGUCGCUGUCACCCACCGACGCAGUGCGGCUGCUGCAAGCGCUAGAGGCUCUGGACUAUAACCCGCCUGCCAAGCCCUGGCAGGCGCAGCCGCCGGCAAGCAGCCAGCCUACCAGGACUGGCAAGGCAGGCAAGGCAGAUACUGCGCAGCCGGCAGCAGAUGCAGGCUUUCCGCCGUCAGGUGCGGAGGUUAUUGGCCGCCUGAUGGUGAUGGUGGACGGGUUGGGAUCGCGUGGCGGAGGAGGAGGCGGCUUGGCUGCGGCGCCCUCGGACCUCAUUCUGGAGCUCCUGCGCAGCUGCGCCGCGUGGAGCGUGCCCUUUCCGGAGACGUACCUUGGGGCUUUGGAGAGCAUUGUGGAACAGCGGGUUCUGCGGUCUCUGCCGCUGGACAAGAUCAAGUUGCUGUCGCCGCGGGCUAUGGCAACGGCUGCCCAGGCCAGCUAUGGGUAUGUGCCUACCGCGGUGGCCUCUGACGCCGACGUCAACGCGGACGUGAUGCGAGCGGGGCUGCUGGAUGGCGUCAUUCUGCCGCUGGCGGCCACCCGGCAAGGCUUUGUCAACGGGGACAUGUUCUACCUCGCACUGUGGGACUGGAUGGAGGUCAAGGCGUGCGAAGGUAUCACUGUGGACAAGGCCACCUCGCUGAUCAACUCCUACGCCUACAACAAGAGCUGGGCGCUGGUGCCGCAGCUGAGGAAGGUGAUGGAGGGCCUGAUGGAGCGAGCUCUGCAGCUGCCGGUGUCGCAGCCGCGGGAGGGCUCCAAGCUGCUGCUGGCGGUGGGACGAGCGCUGCGCGUGAUGGGCGACAAGAUGCAGUGUAUGCCGGCCGACUCCAUCGCAGACAAGGUGGCUCCUGGUGUCGCGCCGCUGCUGCUGCCAGCGGUGGAGCGACUUGCAUCGCAAGACCCGAACGCAUCCGAUGUUGCAGCAGCAGUCAAGGGACUCCUCGUUGAAGCGCGGUGGCGAGUGCCCGUGAGCGCCGACAGUGUUGUUGAGGACCCUGCCCGGAACAACGGUUGCGACGUCGACCCGCGUGAUGCGUCAGAGCAAGCCACCCGUCGCCUGCUGGCGAAGCUGGCGGUGGCAGCUGAGCGGAAGCUAGACGGCACGCGGGUGCUAAGUUUCGCGUGGCUGCUAGAGGGCUUUGCUGCUCUUCAAUACCGCCCCUCGCACGACACGCUGGCACAGCUCUACGGCGCAGCUGCGGCGCGGCUGGCCGAGCGGCCGGCGAAGGCGGAGGAGGUGGUGGAGCUGCUGAACAGUGUGACGGGCAUGGACAGGGUGGCAAGCGAGCCCGCACCGGCAACCGCAGCAGCAGGGCCCAUGGCAGCAGGAGGAUCAGCGCCGGCGACGGGGCGGCGUGGGGCACUCGGGGAUGAGCUCAAAGCCCGCGGCCGGCUGCUGCAGCAGCUGGCUGUGGCAGUGCUGCAGGAGCCUGCUCUGCCGGCACUCGCGUCAGUACCAGAUGCUCUGGUGGCAGCUGUUAAGCAGAUGGCGAUUCUGGGCAUGCGGCCGCCCGUGCAGUGGCUUUCGAGCUACACUGCAGUGCUGCAGGCCCUGCUACCGAAGCUGUCCUCCAUUGGGCUGGCGUAUGGCGCGGAGGGCCUGGCGCUGCUUGGCGCUGCCCCGCCUUCUUCAUUCCUCGACAUCCUGCUCACAUGUACGGACAAGCAUGGCGCAGACAGGUUCGAGCCACACGCGCUCGGGCUGCUGCUGGGUGGGGCCCACGCGCUGCGGCAGAAUGCGCUGGCGGCUCAGGCAGCGGCGGAGUUGCGGCUCAGAGGCGUUGGAGACGAUGAUGAGGCGGAGGAGGAGCGGGCGCACACCGCAGAGGCCGCCGAUGUGGAUCCGGCUGCCUGGCGGCUGCGGCAAGCGGCAACCGGUGUCCCGGUGGUUGCGCCACUGUCGACUGCAGCGCAGGAGGCGUGGGGCCGCGCGCAUGUAGCGUUCGUAUCCGAAGCUCGCAAGAGCAACCCCAUGCCGCGCUACUCGCGCGCGCAGCAGCUGCUUGUGGUGAGCGCAGUGACAAGCUUUGAGCUGUCGCGGCCGCCUCUGAGCCAGGGGCAGCAGGCGGCCGCAGGCAGCGGACCCAGCAAGGCGGGUCGUGGCAACUCCAAGGCAGCAAGCGCGGGCGCCGUCGCGGACUUCCGGGCGCGGCUGGAGGCAGACUGGCUGGCCGAGACCUGCGCGAGUCUGCUCGCGAGCCGGAAGGCUGAGGAGGCGACCAUAGCUGGUGGCAGCCGUGGCGGCGGCAAUCCCGCGCUGCUGCCUACGCCGGCCAUGCUCGAGAGCCUGCUGCGCUUAGCCACGCGUGUGCUUGGUGGACGCACCGAUGGAGCCAUUACCCGCCUGGUCAAGUCCGGUGCCGGCAGCAGCACACCAUUGCAGCAGCACAGCGGUGGCGUCACAGCGGCAGAUGAGCAGACCCUGGCGCAGGAGGCGGCCAGGAGCAAUGUUGUCGAGUUCGUGCGGCUGUCCGUUCAGGACCUGUCCCGGUCAGUAAGCGGCCGCCACGGGGCCACAUCCUUCCCAGCUUGGGUCAGCCUGCUGCGAGCAGCCCUGGAGGCGGGCAUUCGCCUGUCGCCUGCGGAGCUAGGUGUCUUCGCCUCAACACUCCUCAACAUGGCUGCAAGGCGCACCAGGCGCGCCCUCACUGCAAAGGGGCCCAUCUCAGCCAACACGACGGAAGGCGCGUCAGCAGAUGGCCCAGCAGCUGCAAGCGCCGGCUCGGGCGCAGGAGCCCGGUCGCUGUCGGCGGAGGGCAGGGAGCGGAUGACGGCUGUGUGGCAGGACGUGGAGGAGGGCUUGGAGGGCGUGCUGCUGCCGGUGCUGCCCUGGGUGCCGCCACUGGAAACUCUGAGGACUCUUCGCCUCGGCCUUCUGGAGCAGUCGCCGGCGGUGCUGACCGCCGCCAGCCUGCGGCAGCUGGCGCUCAUGUGCACCUACACGACCCAGGCCGCGCCCCAGCUGGCGGAGGAGGCAGCCCGCGGCCGGCGGACGCUGUGGUGGUCAACUGUGCGGGCCGAGCUGCUGCGGCGGGCUCAAGAUGAGGAGGUGGAGAAGGCCUGGUCGAAGGCGCAGCGAGGCAGCAGCAGCAACCGCAGUGCCGCGACGGCAGAGGCAGACCUGCAGACGGCAGUUGAUUUGGCUGCCGCCUGCUAUGGUCUACUGAUGCACGGCGGCGGCAGCAGGGAGGGGCGGGACAGUGCCAGCGGCGGCGGCGCGGCGCCUUCUAGCGCCUCACUGCCGGACGAGCUGGCCACCUGGAUGAAGCUGCUGCUGACGCGUGCAGGCUCGGGUCUGGCGGCAAAAAGGUCCUUGGGUAAGGGCCUGGCGGGGGUGCGUGCUCUGCAGCUGCUGUGGGUGGCGCGCUCUGUGGGCUGCGCGCACCUGCUGCCGGCAAGCGUGUGGAGCACUGCGUUCGGGGCGCUGGGGCCGGAGCAGGCAGGGGCGGCGGCACUUCAGCCCCGGCAGCUGGCGCAGCUAGUAGUGCUGCGAGCUGAGGCCCUGCGCGGUAGCGGUGACAGCGCGACCGGCAAUGGCCCGCUGGAGCGACUGCCCACACGGGCAGGGUCAUCGGUGCCCGUUGCCGGCUGGUUCCUGGAGGUGUGGCUCGAUAGGCUGGCAGUCUCAUGCCAGCGGGUGCUCCUAUCAAAACGCGCAAGCGCUGACGCGGAUGGGGUCACACCUGCAGUCGCCUUCCUAGCGGUGGCCUACUGCCUGCCGCCUGACCAGCAGCGGCCGCGAGAGUAUGCCGCUGUGCUGGCGAAGGCGGCCCUGCCGGCGCUGUCUGGUUCAGUUGGAACAGCAGCAGGAGCAGACGUGACACUGCUUUUGGCGGACCUGUGGGCCUUCCUAAGGCGCGUUGAGGGUUGGCCAGUGACAGGCUCGGGCAGCAGUACCGGCGACAGCAGUGGCAGUGAGAACGAAAGCGAUGCCAGCUGGACCGGGCUACCCGUGGAAGCCGCGGCAGCCGUGUGCCAACGGGUCUUGGCAGUGGCGCAGACCGGGGCCCAGGCGGCGGGCGGCUUCAUCAUGCCCCCAUCAGAGGCGGUACAGUUCACUGUAACGCUGCUCAACGCCACGGCGGUCGAGAGCAGUUGCGCGAGUGCCCUGGAGGCGGCGCUGCCGCUACUGCAGGCGCUGGUGCCGGAGGCGGAGGCGGAGGUGUGGGCGCUGGCGACGCGCGAGCGCCUGGGCAGGGCAGUGCUAGCGUCGGCGCUGCAGGCCGCAUUGAACGCCGUCACCAACACUGAGCCGCCACUGGGCGCAGACGGGGCUAUUGCGUCAGCCUGUGAGGUGGCGGCGCUGAUGGUGGGCAGCGUGGCGGUGCUGCUGCAGCAGGCGCCGCAGCAGCCGAUUGCUGCACAGGUGGCAAACAGCCGGGCGGCUUCAGUGGUGUCGCGCCUCGAUGCGCGCAGCCUCCCGCCGGACCAGCUGGCUGCCCUGGCGUCUGCCAUCAUCCGCCUCUGCCCACCUGCAGCCGGUGGUGCUGCGGGCGAAUAUGCAGCGGCGCGCAUCCCACAAGCCGCAGCCGCCGUGCUGCUGCGGCUGAUGUCAGCUGCGGAGGUGGUCGAGCGGCUGCCGAUCACGCGCCUUGAGGCCGCCCUCACACGCUUCCUCCCAGCCCAGCAGCAGCAGCACGAGGGGCAGGCACCAGAAGCUGGGUCACAACUGCCCAUGACGGAGGCGGUCGCGCAGGCCAUCAGCGCCAAGCUGCAGGUGGGCAGCACGGCCUGGUUCGCCCGCACGCCGGUGGGCCUGGCGGUGCAGCUGCACCGCUGCGGCGCCAGCGGUGUGCUGCUGCAGCGCGCGCUGCUCGCGGACCGCGACUGGGCCGGGCGGGAGGUGCAGCUGCUGCAGGCCCUGGCGAUGGCGGCGCCGCGGGAGCCGCUGGCGCUGUCGCUGCGCGACUAUGGCGAUGGGAACACGCUCGAGGCGCUGUCGCUGCGGGGGGCGCAGAGCGCACGUGCUGCAGGCCGAGGCGAGGGGCCCCUCAGCUGCCUUGCGCUGGACAUCACCCAGAGCCUGCGCCGCACCAGCCGGCAGCAGAGGCUGGGGGUGGCCGCUGCGGCGGCCUGGAUGGGCGCGCUGGCGGAGCUGCUGCCGCACCUGGAGGGCACGGCGGGCUCCUACCUGCUAUACGGAGCCUUCAAUUGGGCGGGGCGGCGGGCGCUGAUCGAGAAACCCAAGGCGAUGCGGGAGAUCCGAGAGGAGCCUGCCUCGGUGUGGCGGCUACUGGAGGCGUUGCUGGCACUGGCCGGCGAGUGCCUGAACAAGCGCGCCUUCGCCAUCGUGAUGCGCAAGAUGCAUGUCCGGCAUGGCACCGUGCCCAAACCUGAGGACCCAAUGGACGCCGCGCGGGACCAGCAGCGGUUCGAUGUGCAGGAGGGCGAGUUCACCAUCCUGUUGAGCUACAUCAGCCGGCGGGGGCCGUACCUCAUCCAGGACACAGACGCGCGGCUGCUGCUGGCUGCCAUGCAGCCGGUCCUGGAUCGCCACCAACAGCGCAUGGAGCAGCUCCUGCAGGAGCAGUCCGCCGCCAACCACCCCGGCAGCACCAGCAGCAGCUCCAGCAGCACUGCUGGCGGCGCCGCCGCCGCCGCCUACUGGUGGCCGCCGGGCUGCGCCCAGCCGCCGGCGGGCCGCCUGGUGGCAGGGCUGCGGCUGCCGGAGGGCGACCCGGACCUGCUGUCGGCACGGCAGCUGGGGCUGCUGUACGGGGCUGUGGUGAUUCGUGGACCGGGCGCGCAAGACGAGGUGCCGUACAGCCUCUUGGCUGCAGAGGCUCAACAGCUGUACCUGGCCUACAUCACGUCGCUCAACCUGCUGGCCGGCCGCACCGACCUGCCGCCGCACGAGCACCUGGAGGCGAUGCUGGGCGCGCUAGAGCCCGCCGUGUUCUUCAACCCCUCCAGCCGAGUCUUGCCCGCUUACCGCGUGGGGUCCGACGCUGCAGCAGACGGCGACGAUGGCCAGGCGGCGGACACAGAGGAGAAAGCGGAGGAGGACGGCGACGAUGGGGAGGGCUACGACUUCUACAGCGACCGCCUGCCGAUUGAGCACUUCCUGGCGCCCGUACUGGCGCGGUACGCACGGGCGGGAGCGGAGGAGCAGCCGCGGCCGGCGGGCUUGGAGUUGUGGGAUGAUGUCACCGAGCUGUACAGCCCAGCCGACCUAAGUGAGCAGUCCAUGCUCGCGAUGUUGUACAACGAGAUCUCUGACGAGGACUUGCAGGCCUGGGCGACGCAGGGCUUGCACGCCGCAUCCAGAGAGAGCGGCAGCAGCAAUGACAUUACUGCCGGUGGGCACUUUGCCAGCGCCGACACAGGCAGCGAGGCAGCCGCUCGCAAGGACGGUGAGGGAGUCACUACCGAGCUGAUGGGUGAGGCGGGCGGUGCUGGUUUCGCUGCAGCAGUGCCGGCCGCACAGCCGCGAACUGGCGGCCGCGGUAUCUGGGCGGGCAGGUCGCGCCCAGAAGCACGCCCUGCCCAUGACGACGUGAUCCAACUCUUUGCUCCGGACGUGACCCUGCCCACGCACCUUCGGCUGCCGCCGGGCCGCCGCCACGGCCAGCCGGGUGGCGACCCCGCGGCGGACGCGGCGCGGGAGGCCUACGUGCGGUCGAUAGUGCCCAGCUUCGGGCUUCUGCGCCGGCUGACGCGCAUGAUGGUGGCAACGGAGCGUCAGGCUGUGGUGUACGCCGCGCUGGAGGCGUCCCCGGGCUUUGAGGGCUUUGGCGAGGGCCGCUGGGCGCGGCUGCUGCAUUUUGCUGUGGCACUGGACAAGGCGCAGGAGCGCGCCAAAGCCGAGUUGGCUGCAGCAGACGCUGAGGCAACAGCAGCGGCGCGGAUCAAUCAAUCGGUCGCCGCCCUGGAGGCUGGACCAGGCAGCGGGGCGCAAGCCGUAAGCGCCAGCCUCGGCCGCGGCCGCUGGGGCGGUGCGCUGAAGCGCAUGGCGUCUGACAUGCUGUCGUCCAUCGCGCCGGACGUGGUGGCUGAGGGAGAGCCGGGAGCCAAUGCCGCAGCCACUACCGGGACGUUCCUGCAGGAGUGGGACGAGGACGAAGGCGAUUUCGGGGCUGCGGAGGUGGAUAUGGCGGCGGACGUGGAGGCCGAGGUCGAGGCAACGGCAGGCAGAGGAGCCAGCGGGCUGCAGAGCUUGCAUGCGCCGGCGAGUGGGGGAGCGCCUGCGGCAGCGGAGCGCCAACCUGGGGCCCCCGGCGCAGUGGCCCUCAUCGUGGCUGCAGAUUCCGCCAACGCCACGCAUGCGAGUGAGGCGACGGCGGGUGGUGACGACACGGGCACGACGCAAGUGCCUGCUGACGCAAACCCCUCCUCCGCUUCCGCCUCCUCGCCCGCGGCCCAAGUCAACCCCUUCGAGGUCACCGCCGACUUCAAGCGCCGCCUGGAGACAAUGGGCUACCAGGUGCCGGAGCAGGGGGCGAGAGCCCCUGGCGCCGCGGGUGGCCGUAGGCGGCCCCCGGGAAUGGGGGCGGGCCAGCAGGCUGCUCAGGAUGCCGGGGAUGUGGGCAAGGCUGUGCUAGAUGCCGCAGCCUGGGUGGGCGGCGCGCUCGGCUCGUAUCUGGGCAAAGCGGCGCGGUCAGUGGUGCGGCGGGCCCCCAGUCGGCCAUCAUCUGGCGAUGCCAGCGGCGGCGGCGGCGGUGGUCCUGGGACACGUGGAGGAGUGCAGGAGACGGCCCAGGCGCACAAGGACCGGGAUGCACCGGCGCACCAAGCGGCGCCCGGGCCUGCUGAGGGCCGCGCUGAUGAUGCUAAGGAGGACCGAACGGACGAGGGCGCUGAGCGUGCGUGGCUGGACGACAGGGAUGACGACAGCACUAGAAGCAGGAGGUUGCGGCGUAAGGGGGCGGGGCCGAACCGGCCGCAGGACAGGGGCUUCGGAAAGGGCAAGAAAUGAAGAGCUAAGGGAUUGGCAGCUCUGAGCCCAGACAAACCCUGAGACAAACCGUUGGCGGUGCCUAAAUUGUAUGACGCAGGGAGGAGCAAAGGAAUAGUGUGCUCCAUCAUGUACAGCACACAUCUCGCAGUACGUGUGGCACACCUGGAUGAAGUGGAGCAGGGAGCCAGGGUUGUAAAUACUCAUUGGCUGUUGGGGUUACUAGAACCAAACACAGCGCGCGCUGGGCUGCAAUGCAAGCUGGCUGUUGGGGGGAGGGGUGCCUGGUUGGGGGUAUCUGAGGAGCAAGUGGUGUAGUACCGUAUGUGUGCUUGCCUUAUUUAUCUUUGUGUGCUCUGUAUCACCAGGACGGCUGAAUUUUUAGAUGCGGGCGUGCGCUGUUGGGUGUGAUGGGACAGGGUAAUAUGUGGUGUGUAACGUAUAGCCACAGUCCGCCUGCGCUGUUGGGGCGAGACAGUACCUACACCAGACACGGGGAGGGCGUUGGUGCCGUUGACUAUUCGCAGUCUUCAACACAUGAAUCCGCAUGCACUUCCCCUGCCAUUGUACUUUGCAAGGAACGGACAUGGUCGGGAUUCGAGGCGUGCGGUCUUGCCACGUAGCCCUUGUC